AUGUCUACCGGGGGGAGUGACUUGGGUGAGCUUAUUAUGGUCGUCGGCGACCUACACGUCCCGCAACGAGCACUGGACCUGCCGCAAUGUUUUCGCGAGCUGCUGAACACGGACAAGAUUAAACAGGUGCUGUGCACUGGAAAUGUCGGUUCCCAGAAAAUGGUGGACCUUCUCCUGGGAAUAUCCCCGAACUUACACAUGGUCAAGGGUGACUUCGACGAUGACCCGAAGCUACCAGAGGAAUUAAUCGUCAAUAUUGGUAUGUUUGACCAUUAUGUAUCUUAUAGAUCAUCAGGUAACUUCAAGAUUGGACUCAUCAACGGAUACCAGCUGCCUUCCUGGGGGGACAAAGAGGCUGUCUACGAAUACGCAAAGCGCAUGGGCGUGGACGUGCUUGUCUAUGGUCACACCCACAUAAGCGAUGUAUCGAAGGUGUCGGGUAAAAUACUGGUGAACCCUGGAUCGGCAACUGGUGCUUUUCAGCCAUGGGCGCCAAACUCGAUUCCGACGUUCAUGCUUAUGGCCAUUCAGGGCCAGAAAAUUGUCGUGUACGUGUACGAGGAGCACGAAGGUCAAGCCAAUGUAGUUAUGAGCGAAGUUGAUCAAGAUCAGGACGACGUUACUCCGUCCAACGCGCAGCUGUCUGCUAAGGCGCUCUUGAGCAGCAAAAAAGUAGCACAUUAA